GAAAGAAAGCUAGGACUGGCUUAAAGGUUGGAUCUGAAAGUUGGGGUUGCUGAAUGGCCCAUGGAAGAGUCUUAGGAAAGCGGAGAGGGUUUUGGAGGGUCGCACUUCGGCAGUCGCAGUCUUCACGAAAGUCUUUGGAUUCCGAGGCUCAAACUCAGAAAAUGAGAUACAAGACAUCCUUGGUGAUGAGGAAACGAUUACGGCUUUACCGAAACACUCUGAAAGAGUCAAGUAGCAGCUCUGGACACCAUGGCCCCCAGCUCACCGCCGCCUCCAGCCCCUCGGUGUUCCCGGGCCUCCACGAGGAGCCUCCCCAGGCCUCCCCCAGCCGUUCUUUGAAUGGACUCCUUCGUCUGGGGCUCCCUGGAGACAUGUACGCGCGGCCAGAGCCCUUCCCGCCGGGGCCUGCGGCCCGCAGCGACGCCCUGGCAGCUGCCGCAGCCCUGCAUGGCUACGGGGGCAUGAACCUGACGGUGAACCUCGCCGCGCCCCACGGUCCUGGCGCUUUCUUCCGCUACAUGCGCCAGCCCAUCAAACAGGAGCUCAUCUGCAAGUGGCUGGCGGCCGACGGCACCGCGCCCCCGCGCCUCUGCUCCAAAACUUUCAGCACCAUGCACGAGCUGGUUACGCACGUCACCGUGGAGCACGUCGGCGGCCCGGAGCAGGCCAACCACAUUUGCUUCUGGGAGGAGUGUCCGCGCCAGGGCAAGCCCUUCAAAGCCAAAUACAAACUUGUAAAUCACAUCCGCGUGCACACGGGCGAGAAGCCCUUCCCUUGUCCUUUCCCGGGGUGUGGGAAGGUCUUUGCUAGAUCAGAAAAUCUCAAAAUACACAAACGAACUCACACAGGCGAGAAGCCCUUCAGGUGCGAGUUCGAGGGCUGCGAGCGGCGCUUCGCCAACAGCAGCGACCGCAAGAAGCAUUCGCACGUGCACACUAGCGACAAGCCAUACACGUGCAAGGUGCGCGGCUGCGACAAGUGCUACACGCACCCCAGCUCGCUGCGUAAGCACAUGAAGGUACACGGGCGCUCACCGCCGCCCAGCUCUGGCUACGAUUCGGCUACACCGUCUGCCCUCGUGUCGCCCUCGUCAGACUGCGACCACGAGUCUCAGGUGGCCUCCUCGGCGGCGGUGGCGGCGCGUAGCGCCGACUUGAGCGAAUGAUGUCCACCGCGUUGCUCGCAAGGUAAUCUCGCUCCGCGCAGCUGAGCGCCCCGCAUCUCGCGCCUGCGACAUCAAAGGGUCCGCGCACAAAGCAGUGUUUCUUCGCCACGGUGCAUCUUCAUGGCCUUUGUGUACAUGGA